UGCUCAUUUCCAGGUGACUGAGGGCUCUCCAAACUCCCACCUGGUGUAUCCACUAACAAGGGCGGAUUUGGAGGUGACUUGGGCAAGGGGUGGAGGAAAAAAGGGUCUGGGCGCCUGGAACCCUGUGCUGUCAGAAAUGGGAAUGAUGGUGAAAAAGGACCUUGCCCACCCAGGACAUCUGAGAGACACUUCUCACUGAAUUGGGACACCCUGGAUUUUCUGAGACAUUUUGGGGGGGAUUUCAGUGAAGACGAAGAAAAAAAAAAGUGGGAGAUCAUCUCCAUGGAGAGGGUAGCCUAGGGCUCCUCCUCUCUGACAUUGACAGUUUGUCCUGUGCAGCGAGCUGAGAACCCCAAAGCUGGGACCCUCACUUUCUAGCCUGGGAGAGUAGAUUUGGCAGGGGUGCUCACUCUGAAACAGGCUGGGAAGGAGGAGGUGCCUUGGGGGAUCCGGAAAACACACCCUGGGAGGGCUUGGCUUUGGAAUUGAGGGAGCAGAGACCCAGGCACCGGAGAGGAGGGGAGGGGGGAAUUUUCAGUCAGGGGCAACAUUCGAGGUGAGGUCAGUGGAGUAGCGCUCUAGGCUGCAGGAUCGGGUGGAGCCAGGAUAAAGGCCCCAGGGUGGGUGCUGGAGGCCAGGGCGAGGACAGUGUGGGGUUUGCCUCCGGUCUAGUGGGUGGGGCGGCCAGCUGGGGCUAGAGAGUGAAGAGCAUGCCCUGGUGAGCGCGCCGUUUUGGGGUGUCUCCUCGCGGGGCGCCAUGGCGGCGCUGGCCAGUAGCCUGAUCCGGCAGAAGCGGGAGGUCCGCGAGCCCGGGGGUAACCGGCCGGUGUCGGCGCAGCGGCGCGUGUGUCCCCGCGGCACCAAGUCCCUGUGUCAGAAGCAGCUGCUCAUCCUGCUGUCCAAGGUGCGACUGUGCGGGGGGCGGCCCGCGCGGCCCGACCGCGGCCCGGAGCCCCAGCUCAAAGGCAUCGUCACCAAACUGUUCUGCCGCCAGGGCUUCUACCUCCAGGCCAAUCCUGACGGGAGCAUCCAGGGUACUGCAGAGGACACCAGUUCCUUCACCCACUUCAACCUGAUCCCCGUGGGGCUCCGAGUGGUCACCAUCCAGAGUGCCAAGCUGGGUCACUACAUGGCCAUGAACGCCGAGGGACUGCUCUACAGCUCGCCACAUUUCACAGCGGAGUGUCGCUUUAAGGAGUGUGUCUUUGAGAACUACUACGUCCUGUAUGCCUCUGCCCUCUACCGCCAGCGUCGAUCUGGCCGUGCUUGGUAUCUGGGCCUGGACAAGGAGGGCCGGGUCAUGAAGGGAAACCGAGUCAAGAAGACAAAGGCGGCCGCCCACUUUGUGCCCAAGCUACUGGAAGUGGCCAUGUACCGGGAGCCUUCUCUCCACAGUGUGCCCGAGACGUCCCCUUCCAGUCCACCUGCCCCCUGAGUGUGAAUCCUGGACUUGAGGCUCCCUGCUCUUCUAGUGAGCCAGCCACCACCAAGCCUGUCUCCCAGCCUGCUCUCACAUACUACCCCCAAUCACCAAACCCCUCUGCCACACACCUGCCCUGGACAGCCAGGUCUCAGCAGGUGUCCUGCCUUGACAGAGCCCUAGGGGCUGCUGAGACCCUGAGGGUCGGAGAAGGGACACCUGAAAAAUAGCCUGGCUGGUUGUGUGUGUCUUUCCGCUUGCCCUCGCCUUCUCCCAUCCCCAAGCCUUUUCAUGAGAUGACACUUGGUGAUGGGGAAGGGGGGUUCAAAAUGGAUUGAACCAGGGCAUAAACAUUCCUGGCCGCUGGCUCAGCUGGUCCCCAGGCCCCCACAUCCCUUUCAUUGCCAUUGAGCCAUAGAUGUUUAGGUCCACUGCAGCUCAGGAUUCCUGUCUUUCUUUCCUGUCUCUGUGUUCUGCCUUGGUCCAGAUAGAGCCUGGCACGUCAGACACCCCCCAGCCAGGGUCAUUUCUGUCUCAGGGCUCUGGGCUGGAGCCCAGGCUUGCUGCCAGGCACUGUUCUAGAUCCCUCAGGCUUCUAUCCUUGACCCAGAUGGACCCUGACUUCCAAAUACAGAAAGACUGCAACGGAGCCCUGUGGUGCUCUUGGCCUUGGCCCGAACCAGGACCAACCUCAGAUCGCCACUGGCUUCACUUUCUUAUCCCAGAGACAACCAGUUCUGGAACACAGCCUUCUAGAUCUCUUUGGAGCCAUACUUUCUUCCCGAAUCUCAGCUCUAGGACAUAAACCGUGAUGUCCAACCCUCCUGCAGCAGGGAACUGGGGCCUAUACAGCCAUAUUGUUGCUCUAGCCUAAAGUUCUAGACCCUUCCCUCCCUCCCGCUCUAGUGACACAAGUUAAAGAUGAGUGCCAGAAAGGACCCAGCUGUGGUUCACAAGGCAUGAAGUUCAGGAUGCAUCCAGAGCCACUUCUUGGUUUUCUCCCCGGACAAUUUUCUAAAAGGCUUGUCCUUCCACAUAGGAUGCUAACCUUAUUUAUUAAUUGAUUUAUACGUGCAGUUUCUAAUCCUUGCAGCCCAGCUGAGGUCCCGCCAUAGAAACCAAGUCUGCGGAAGGGCAGAGGAUUUCAGAAGGAUUCCUGGCUCCUGGCCGGGAAACUGGGAAGCAGCAGGGACCAAAACCGGGGCUUGAGCAAACCUGGAUCAACACUGGGGCAGGGCAGGGGGUGGUAAUGGUGGCGGUGCCAUGAACACCUAGAUACCUCGGCAGGAAUUCCUCCUAGCUCCCCUUUGAAGCUGAGGUCUUUUGAAUCAUGGGUC